AUGAACCCAAUAUAUACGCUGGUCGAAUUGAGGGGCUGGAGUGAUAUACACGAAGUGAGACAACGAUGCUCGGGACGCGAUGUUGCGCAGCCACUUCUGGGGUUGCAGCUCUCGGAUGCUGAGAUGCUAAAAUGGGUUGAGAGUAAAGAGCGCCAAAUCUACUCGGCACUCGCACGGCGUUUUCUCCACCUAAUUCGUGAAAAUCCUUCGAGCACUGAGUUUGUGGAGAUCUCAGGUGAGUUUACUCAAGUGGUGAUGGACUCGGUUAUUGACCCGUUGGCGAAGAUUUGUAAACUACUGCCCGCUCGUGGUGAACCAUUGCAAGGGAACGACAGCAAGUUUUGCGUGAGUAGCAUGAAUAAGAUGUCUUCACCAUCACUAUCGGAAGGGGGCAGUCCGCUCGUUGUGAAGCGUGUAGGAAUAAAAGGGGGGAUAAAGUUUUAUAGUGGUGUUACACGGUGGGAAUGGAUGGAUCUCUUUUCUAACAAGGAGGCUGCUGUGGGGAAAGGGUGUGUAUUGAAAACAUUGCUGGGGGAGACGCCAUCAUUUGAACAAUGGAAUGCCUCCACGCUUGCGGCGCUGCGGCGUGUUGGUGACGUUGUGAGUGAGGUGCAAAAGGAUUUGAUGUCGGCACUAAAUCGUCUUGCUGCUGGACGCUUUGGACGUGUGAUCGAUGAAGUUAGCGGUAAAGGGUGCAAUUCGCUGUGGACAGAAUUAGUUUUCAUGGUAGAGGAUGCCUUCGAUGAUGUUGUGACGGAUGCUGUAGAGCUCAUUUUGUGGAGUAUACAUCAGUGUUUCUUAGAAGGUGGUGUGUUUGCAGGUCAUCCGAUGUUUUCACUCAAGGCGUUCUGGCAGUAUAGUAGCUGUAGCGCUGCACUGAGCCCAGCGCCCUCCGAGGUUCACGAACGCCUAAUGAACCGUGUGAAGAAGGAGCUCAUUUGGAAUAUUGUGCCGGAGUUUGACCUCAACCAAAUGAUCAAGCGCCAGGUGUCAGGUGGUCCGCGACUGCGAAGGGCUGCGCUGCGCAACAGGCUGUUGGAAGAAGGGAAAAUGAAGCGAAGGUGGGAUGCGAUUCACUUCGCGGCAAGCCAGAGGUGCGACGAGCUUCAGGAGUCGCUGCAGGCUUUAACUGAAUCGUAUAGCUUUUACUUUUCCAGUGAGAACGAGUUCCCUCAGAUGAACUACCAGCGGCUGUGGGAGGUGCGCGAAGGAUUGCGAAGUUCUUUAACACACCCCGUGUUGCCUGUUGGCUCAGGUGUAUUUGUGGUACACAGGGAUUCUCUCCACCAGGUAGCCGCGGACAAAUUGGAGGUCGCCUUCAAGAAGGUUGUAGAUGAGAGUAAGUGUGCUGAUGCACUUAGUCGGGAAACGAUAACUGCAGCCCGUAUGAAGGCGCUAGCAGCGGAAUCCGAUUUGGAGUUCUAUUCAAACUCCUUGCGCGCGCGGAUGGAUGCGUUCAGCCGACGGCGGAAGGUUCAAGGAAAGUAUGAUAGGGGGCUAGAUCCGUUUGCACACGUCACACGAUUAAUCAACGAGCAGAGAAAUGACGAGGAUCGUCUACGUGGCCAGUUUACAAUACUGGUAAAGAAGAACCCCAUACAGGUUGACUCGGCUGUGGUUGCCCCCACCGAUACCGCUACUGAUAAUGGCUUAGCUUCUUUUUCAGUGACUGAUGCAGCGUCUACGGCAUCUUCUGCCAACACUGAGAGGAAGCGAUCCUUACCCAAACAUGUAUCUUAUAGGGAUGCGCGUACUUUGAAACCUCCUGUUUCCUUAAACGACGCCAAUAAUGUAGAUUCUGGGGGAAGUGGGGCACUGCCACCUGCGAAACCCUCAGCAGUUUACGCAGCCGGUAUACAGCGACCGCAAUCCAACGAACACGUGGCGAAAGUAGGUGGUAAGAACUGCAGAUUCAAACCGGGGCAGGGAAUCUUGGAAUCGUCCAAGGAGAGCGCGAGUUUUCAGCGGGCUGACCAACGCACAGUGAAAGCGCCUAAUGAAAAUGACACUAUCGUUACCCCAUUGGAGUUGAUCAAAGAAGAGCAUCACACGGCUAUAGGGGACGCCGGGCAUGACGUAGAAUUGCUGGAGCCAACAGACUCUGCAGCUGCUCCCGUGUGCCCAUUUCCGUCGCAUGAAGAGAAGGAGGCACCACGUCCCAUAUCAGAGUUUUUCCCCCUUUUCCCCAAGCAGUGCCCUCCAGUUUCCCAACAAGAUGCCGAUGUUGAUGCUGCUGAAGCACCACUGCAGUCGCAGCGGAGGGAGGACCACAUGAUAUCCUCUCCGGAAGUUGCACAACCGAUCAUUCAGCACACGUGCCCGGAUGGCGCCGAAGAAUGUUCUGCUGCGUCUGAGAAAUCACCAUUAGCUGUGAAGGGGGCCGUAGCUUCCGCACCACAGGAGGGGUGUGAUGCACCGGAGGUUGCAGCUUCUGCCUUAAAGGACGAGGAGCGCAAAGAAUACCUUCGAAAGCUGGAGCUGCUUCACUUCAACGUGGGUGCCGUUGAGGCAUCAGAAGGUCGCGUUCGCGCCAUCAAGAAGUUGUUACCGUUUUUGCCUGACAUGCCUUGUGAGGGCGUUUUCAUUGAGGACAUAAACUUAUCGGACUCCCGAAUAGAAACGUCGAUGAACCGCUUGCGAGCAGUGCGGGGAAGUGCAACAGUGCUGCGCAACUACAGGGACAUCGCACUUGUUGAGGACUCAGUCAGCGCGAUCAUAGAGUCGGUUGCUGAAGAGUUGGCUACAUUGACCCUUCGCAUGCUUUUGCGCUUUCCCUUUCUAGAGGGUCGCAUUUGUGGCGUGCUCCUGGGGAAUCUUCAGGUUUUGGAGGUGGAUGACGAGUUCCAGUCGCUCAUAACUCUUUAUCGCUCCUCCCAGAAGGGGCAGGGCCCCACUGAAAGUAUUGAGCACUGCCUGCGCGUUCGUGCCCGCGCGCUGGCUAAUGAGUGUCCAUACGUUGUCACCCCCGACCGUUACGAGGGUCACAUGAUUACACUACAGAAAGAUGCUGCUGAUGCUGUGACAGGUGAAAGGCCACACAAUGAUAGCCUUCAGGAGACGACGCGACAAGGGUCCGCCGAAGGGGCACUUAAACGGCAACAGGGAAGCAGGGCGUCAGUUUCCACUGCGGAAGUGCCAAAGCUCACGCAGCGAACGAUAUCACCAGAGGUUCCUGUACCGUCACCACCUUCUUUACCAGUUGAGAAAACUGCUGAGACUGCGCCGUCGCUUCGCUUUGUUCGUAAUAUUCAUGUGCACGAACAGCCCCCACUGAGGUGCGAGGAUGAGGUUCCCCUGGCUACCGAUAGUAACUCCAGGAGCCACAAGGCAGUUCCCAGCUUUACUUCCGUUGUCCAAACGAGAAGAGUGCUUUCCCCUGGCAAUCCACAAUCUUCCGUUGGAGAACAAAGUUGCAAAACUGAUCAAUCAGUUAUGAAAUCCAAUGUUUCAGUGGAGGGGGAUGCCAACACUCGAAAGAACUCCGCGCAGACCCGCGCUGCUGUGUCUUCAACGAGUAGUAUGCGGGAAAAUAGGGUGCUAACAAAUGCGCAGUCACAUGGGUGGUCCGUGCAUUCGAUGGGCUCGGCGAAGAGCGAUAAUCUGAAUUCAACUGCGCUCAGCAAAGAAAGGCAUACUCCGGAUGCACAGUUGUUGGCAGUAAGGAAGGAGUGUACCGUUCCUACUCGCGACUCGCGUGGCAGUGGACCACCACGUGAGAAAGGAGAGUGUAAAGAUAGCGGUGAGUCUGAAUCCACAAAAACGAGCUUUUUUGACACGAUUGAGAAGGGUCUGAUGGAUGAGCGAAUGCAUUUGCAGGAGUUGGAGACCAUUCUUCGACAAGUUGUUAAGGGCUGUGAAGCCGUGCCGAACAUCGCUAAACCAAAAUCUCCAGGGCUUAGAGCAGCGAAGUCUACGAGCGUACUGCCGUGUGUGUCAGCUGCGCCGGGCGUGGUGGAAUGUGGCCCUGAGUCUUCGAAUACAUCACCCUUAACAGAGAAGACUUCAGCAUCAUCACAGUCAAAAUGGGCGUCACCGUCACCGGCACUACUUGGAAAGGUAAAAACGGUGCCAAGACCGCCGUCGACGGGCCGCUUCGUUAGUAGGGCCCCCGUGUCAUCCCCUCGCCCAGGUUUAGAGCCUGAUGGAAGCAUGACGUCGAACCCACCACAGGGAACUACGGCUACACGAGGGGAAAGAGAACAAGAUGCACGCAUGACGGGACGGCGGGCUGGCAGUGAUCCCACGUGGUGCAAUGUAAGGGAUACAAGCAACGCAUGUGGGGAUGAGUUUGAAAAGCACAAGCAGCGAGGUGAUGCCUUUGAGGCUGCGGGUGACACCAACCAUACGCUCUCUGGUGAUUCCAAUCAAACUCAACCGUGGCCUAGGAGGAGGCCGGUACCUGAUAGCAAUGGGUCAUGCUUCAAGAGUAUCACUGAUGCCGUUGUGAAGUCUUCAUGGGGAACGCUGGGCAGCGAGAUGGAACCGGAGAGUGACAAGGCAAAACUUCCUUCUGUUUCAAACACUGCGCAGCGCGGAAAGCUGAACGGGCUCUUCCACAAAUCGCAAACUUCGCAGAUCAACAAAAUGCCAUGGGGACGCUUCACCAUCUCGCAUAAUCCCCCGUCAAACGUUUCGCUCCCCAAUGCAUUUUCUUCCUCCUACUCAGCCGAUUCAUCCCGUAUGGAUCACGGCAACUCUCCUCCCUUCCCGCAGCUCAGUCCAACGGCCAAAUCCGAUUCCCCGCCGUGCCGCACGCAUGAAAACGAGGUGGAUGGCCAACUAAUGAACUCUGUGGGUCUUCGGCAGCAGUACGUUAUCUUCUGCCGCCGAGCGUGUGUGAAACCUAACAGCAUGUUGAUGCGCUUAUUUCCUGAUAAACCCGGCGCCUUCGUUAGUCGCAUUGACACCUCUGUGAAUUAUGUUGGUCCCAAAGGUUUCCUUCCCAUCAUGCAGGUGCUGCGACUCAAUGGUGGAUUGGAGUAUCUCAACUUAAGUCACAACAAUUUGGAGAAUGAUGAAGUGGUGGAGCUUGUUCAGGUGCUGCUGACGGAGUGCGGGGCCUCCUUAUGUUUCUUGGAUUUGUCAAACAAUCCCAUUUCUCUCGUGGGCGGUGCGGCACUGCUGCGGCUCACUCAAAUGAGGCCUCUGUUACUAACUGUACAUGUGAAGGGCACUUUGAUUCCUCAACAGCUGUGUCGUAGCAUUCAAGAGGCAUGUGAGGCUAAUGCGGCGGCUGGAGCGUAA